GUAUGGAUGUAGCUUCAGUUGCCUAAUAGUAAUCGACAGCGUUAAUGUUAUUUGUGACCAUGUGCUCUCACAUUUUUUUAAAAGCUCAACAGUGCUUGUGCGAUGACAGUGUAGUGAUUUUCUCAAAUAUACCGUGAUGUAUGAGGUGACAGCUAGUAAUUUCGAGGAGCUUUAUCCAAAAAUAUGCGAUUCCUUGACAAAGUCAAAAUUUAUAUCAUUCGAUGGCGAGUUCAGUAGUAUACAUUCCAACGAAAGAUCAAGACUGAGUCUGUUCGAUACUAUAGAAGAGCACUACAAUAAAUUGAGGCUCUGCACCGAACCAUGCAUUAUUAUUCAAUUUGGCAUAACAACAUUUGAUUUUGAUCGAGAUGACAACAAGUAUAUUGCUGAGGUCUUCAAUUUUCACCUCUUUCCUAAAAGUGCACCAGGUCGAGAUGCUGUUUUUGAAUUCCAGUCAUCAGCCAUCGAGUUUCUAUGUGUCCAUGGCUUUGAUUUCAACAAGUUUACUCGGGAAGGUAUUUCCUACCUCUCUGAGGAUGAGGAGCAGGAACUUCGCUGUAGAGUCUCUAAUGAAACAAUAUAUCAUUUGGAAAGUUCAAUCUCUUUCAAAGAACAAGAUGAACUCACCGCAAGUUAUUUUCAAAUAUCUGACUGGCUGAAAGACCCUGAUGCAGAAAAAUCUAUGAGCUUAGACACUGGUUCUACUCUGUUUGAAUAUAUUGUCCAAAAGGAGGCCAGACGUCGUUUCUCAAAGAUUUGGACUGAAUCCCGAAAUGGAAAGAUAAUUAUUCAAAGAGUUGAUAAGGAUUUGCGGAAAAUUCUUGUUGAGAAGGAAAAAGAUAAGCUCCAAAUGAGGCUAAUUGAUUCAUGUAUAGGAUUUUCAAAAAUUUUCAAGCUAUUAGUGAACAUGAAAAAGCCCAUUAUUGGACACAACAUUAUCCGAGAUCUCAUAUUCAUGCACCAGCAGUUUUAUAAACCCUUACCAACAAAAUAUUCUGACUUUAAAAGUAAUAUCCACCGUUUGUUCCCCACAAUCUAUGACACAAAACACCUGAGCUUUGAGCUGAGAAAAAUCGUGGGAAAAGACGGGGGACCCCUAGCAGAAAAUUGGAAGCACACUGGCUUAUCAGAGCUGUAUGAGUUGUUCAAUAACGGAAAAGGUAGAUACGCAGUAUUAAAUUCACCAAGGUGUGAAUUGAAACAGGAAGCUUCGACAGCCAACAAGAAAUUUCACGAAGCUGGGUGGGACUCUUACUGUGCUGGCUAUUGUUUCAUUAAAAUGGCUCACAUAUUUGCAGUUUCUCGAUACGGAGGAUCCGUUGAAUUACGAGCUUUAUCCAAUAUUGAGAUACUCUCGGGUCCAAGGGAAUAUGUGAACAAAGUUAAUUUGAUGCGUGCAAGCACCCACCACUUGAAUCUUGGCGGCCCUGAACCUCGCAGUGAAAGACCACAGUGGCUUUACGUCAAAUCGUUAGGACCGUUCCGACUGAACAUUCAUGAGAUCGCUGACAUGUUAUCCAUGCACGGAAGCAUCGAUGUCAAACCAUUUUCAUGUGGUCAGGCUCUAGUCGCCACUCCGAAUCACAGAAGAAACCGAUAACGUAAUGUGAGCAUAGUUUAUGUGUAAGUCAUCUUUCGUUUCCGUUCGUGAUUUGAAAACUAAGAUUCCCAAGUAACCCAGAGUAAUAAAUUAGCUGUUUUAUACGAAUCACGCCUAUAGUACCGCGGUCCGUCAUAUCUGAGAUGGGAUAAAAGCACUUUACAGCUAUCGGAUCUUCAAAGCGGAACAUCUCUAAGCCGCGAUCGCCCUCGGCACCGCUUCUCGUUCUCUGCCCUACACACGUGUACUCAUAAAAAUUAUGGUUAAUUUAUGCUGCGUGUUGGACCCCGGAAAACUCGAAAAUAUUGCGCAUUGUAGCAGAUGGUUCCUAGAACCCAGCGAUUGUUGAUGUUAUUUCCGCCAUUUUCCACAGGCUUUGAUGAUGACCUUUUACAAACACAGGUGAUGACUACGAAUAAAAGGAUCGAUGAAAUCCAGUGGAGUUUUAAUAAUAAUUUACGUCCCUGCUUUAGAUGUAAUUUUUUGCGCCGGGUAUUGUGAUCAUCGAUUGUGGAGCGUAGUUUGAAAAUUUAAAUAUAGAAUCUCGACCAGUAAAUCGUCGUUCUUUGACUGCCUUUAAAUGGCGCUGCCAGAAUUUCAGAGUGCGCGCGUCUCAUAAAAUCUUGACUGACGGGGGCUCCUGCAGCAGCAACAAAUAUCUCGAAAUGGAACCAAUGCCUAAUUUAUAACCCAUCCUAUUUGCCCGACAAAUGACCAGCGGAACCUAUGUACUUUCGUUCUUGGCAGACCCACGAGCCGCUGUGUUUGACAUAUCGCUGGUUAACGCAACGGCAUAAAUUCAAAAGACAAUUUCUUCACGAGGAGUAACCCGAUUAUCUGUAAUUGUUCUCCAAGCUUGCAUAUGAAUACCGCUAUUUAAAUUCAUUCGAAACCCUUAUCCUUCCUUCGUUUCCUAUACCGAAGAAUGGUAAAGAGAUGUUCACUCGAAACUCGCAAAUUCGCAUCUGCAAAGAAUUAGCGGUAAAGAACUUGGAAUUUUCAUAAAAAUCAUCGAACGACGCAAAGUUCGAAAUCUGAUAACAAUUGCAUUUUAACAUAUUUAGCUACAAUAAAAAUUUACAAAAUGUGAAAUUACAGAUGAGUUAGUUGCACGUUGUUCGACAGAAUAUCAAAUACUAUAUCCUGGACCAAAGUUUCUUCCUGUAAAGAAGGCUCAAAAUCAAAAAAAAAAAAAACUGAGGUCGUAGUCAAAAAUCCAAGGUCGUAGGAAAAAACGCUGCUCUGUGAUGAAACAAAGUUUCGGUUCAGAGUUCAAAUUCAACAGCGUAUAACUGCAGCAAUGAAUCAUUUGCAUAAAUUUGCUGGACUUGAUGAAGCUUUUACAAGCUUGUCAAAACGAACCAACAUUACUCCAGCGGGUGGGACUGUCAAAAUGACACGAAACACGUGCAGAUCGCAAGUUCUGAAUGCCUCUCUGUCACCAGAAAAUUUGGGUUAACAUAACGCAGUCCGUAAAGUGCAUCCCUCUGAUCUAACAAUAUUACAGCUUCUAUUCACCGAACUGCAGUGCGAAAGCCUUCAAUACAGCUGUCAAAAAGUUUCUUUCAUUUUUUGCAACGCGACACCGGAAUUCAGAUUUCCAUCAUUGCAAUUAGAAUGAAAAAUAAAAAAUCUAAUUCCUUAUAAUUACAACGAAUAUACGCGGAUGGUAUAUUUCAGUUCGCUGCAACCUCGGAGCAAGGUAAAGAGAACCAUUUUGGAUGGUAUCCAAGGACACACGAAAUGUACUCACCGUCGUAUUUAUGAAUUAACAUAAACGUGUAUUCCUGCAAAAUUUUCCUAAAGAAUGGUAAAAAUGAAUAAAAAAAAAAAAAAGAACGAGACACUAAAUAAAGAGAUAAAUUUUCGAGAAAUAACCGUAUACAUUGAUAAUCGAAUUUCUCAAAUUUAUGAGUUCUAAAAGAAUUGCAAUCUACGGAAACGUUACACUGGACAUAUAUGUUUUUGCCACUUUUACCUCGAUGAGAUGGUGAAAAAAACGAUAAAUGAAAUAAAAAAAAGCCUCAGUAAUUGAGUAUAUACGAAAACAGGAUUAAAAUCGCAGUUGGCAUCCGAAUGACUGGAUGACAAAUUGCGGACGCGUUUCAAUUGCCAAUUUCUCGAGGACACAAUAUAUAUAUAUACAUAUAUAUACGUGUAUAUACUAAAACACGAAGCUUUACACUAACCCUAUAAUUGUCCUUCUUGACCUGCGAGGUUCGGCACAAUCCGGAGGUCUAAAAUAAUAAUUAGAACGUGUACCGAACCCCCGGUACCAAGGGACGCCAAACCAUAUCCAGCUAUGUAAGCUCCCUGGAUCUACCGAACUUAUUUACAUUUAGAAGACUGCGAUGACGUACACCGAACAUGUUGAGACUUAGAUGAAUUCUAAGGGCCAUAAUUGUUCGCCUAAAAUGUUGCCGAUCAUUUAUUGAUCCCAUCUGUUAACCCAGCAUCAUACAGGUGUCAUUACGAGUCAUGCGAAGAUCGAUUUCUGGUAUAAUAUUGCAGAAAGAUAAUUGUUCUUUAUGUACAUCGUCGAGCAUCGAGACGGCGAUACGGGAUCGCGGUGAAAUAGUUGAUUUUAUAAUAAUGUAAUACCAGGAGAAUCGAAAUCAGCAUGAACAUUAGCCAAUGACAAAAACGACAUUCUUAGCGUCGUAUGGCAGGCAAUAUUGGUCUCUCUUAAGUGAGCUCUAAUAAUAGGAACAGUGGUAGACGACGACGACGACGACGACGACGACACAUGCCCACACCUAUGCCUUCGAUUUACGCUGGCAGCAACAGCUGUAGAAGCUAGAAGAACUCUGGAUGAGAGGCAAGAACACUGUUCGGAAG